CCCAUGGACUUCACAUGCGUUGAGACGCAAAUAGGGAACGGCGACGCGUCCGAUUGUGAGAUUCUUGAGCUCGACGCGAGCAGCGGACUGUACAAGAUCCAAGUGCCGAAGGUGUGACGAGAGUGACAUGUCGGAGUUGGAAAUAGACACGAUUAGUCAGCGUUCAUGGACUUGGGAAUUUGUUCCUACUCAGCCAUGUUGGACGUCAACAUGGACUCGCGCAAGCGCCAUCUCACCGACAAUGAUGAAGGUCCCGGCGUCGUCAAGAAGCGUAUUGUUGAGGGUCCGAACGGCGCGCCACACGUUAAUGGAAGUACGGUGGACUACGACCCAGACGACCGGCAGGAGAAGCAAGAGAACGAUCUUGAAACUUUCAGGAAGGAGGCCUUGUACCGACGAAUGAAGCAUUACUCCCGUGAAUACGAACGCGCGCAGCAACGUAUCGCGAACUUGGAGAGAGGGCGGUCUCGGACAGAGGCCGGCAUGGCGGCAAUCUCUGCCUGUUGGUCACAGCUCGUAGACGCUCUCACUUCAGUCUACGGUGACGUGACCCAAGUGGGUGAUCGGCAAGCAGAUAUUAUCGAACUCGUUGAACACUUCCUCGAAGAUGAAGACGUUCCCGAAUCUUUCAACGAGGCGCUGCACGACAAACUUGCCACAACACGCUCGCUACUGACCAAGAUUGCCCAAGCAAGCGACCGGAUGACUGGGUCUUCGCAGCAGCGCACAUUGGAGCAGGUCCAAAAGCUCCAGACCGAGUGUGCCGUCCUUCGGUCGCGCGAGAUAACUUUGCGUUCUGAGCUCAAGGAUGCGUUGGCACAACGAGACAUCUACCAUGAAGAUCUUCUACGUUCCGAAGCCCGUCUGGAGCGCCAACGCAACGACGCUGGCCCUCCCGCCAUACCGCGCGCGCCUAUCCCCUCCCCCGUUGUCAAGGAUGAAGGGACGGACCACCUGAAGCCAGAACCGUCUCCAGCUGCAUCCGAUGCCAAAGCGGCUACGCCAACGCCCCCGACGCCAGUUAGCGAGGAUCAACUGAGCGUCGACACGGCCCAACGGCUGCUCGAUAGUCGUGACCAGGAAAUUGCCGAUCUCAAGCACGCGCUCGCGCAGGAGCGCCUUGCCCUCUCCCAGGAGAAAUUCCGUAAUAAAGUCAUCUCUAUAACAGAUCUUCGCGCCAAUGCGUACUUUACGAAUUUAACGCAUCAGGUCGAACGCCUGCAAGUAGAACUCGGCCAGGCGCGCGACGAUGCAGUUUCGCAUACCCAGCAACUGGAAGAGCGAUAUGUCCAAGAGCAAAAGUUAAUUCAAGACAAUCACGCUCUUGAACAACAUGCUGUGAAUGAGCUGAAAGGUCAGCUUGGCAAGAGGGACGCAGAAUGUAUACGCCUGCGCGAGAGACGAGAUCAGUUAGAAGCGGAGCUCAAUGAGCGUAGACAGAAGGAUGGCUUGAAGCUGAGCGCCUUCACUCAGGUCAAGAAUCUCAAUAAGACCUUGAAGGAACGCGUCGAGACGCUGCAAUCGGAGGUCCGCCGAUGCAGGAGCCAUGUUGCCGCACGCGCGGGCGAUGCAGAGCUGAUGAAGUUCUUCUUUGCGGACGACGCGGACUAUGUCAAGACCCUGCGGCAAGAAUUGAGCGACGCGAGACAGCGCAUUGCUGCCCUUGAAGAGUCUUGCUCAGAUGACCAACGUUCCGAGGCCGAUGUUCGUGCUCAACUUGCUGCUGCGCACGCCGAGCUAGCUGCAUAUCGGUCCGUCUAUGGCGAAUCUGCUUCGUCUCCGGAACUCGACAAGCUCGCGUCGGAAUUACGGCGGAAGGAAGAGGAACUCAAGCGCUUGAAGCUGGAGAAUGAGCAACACGUCCAGUCGAUGAAUAUGCUGUAUGAGGAGCAGGAUAAGCUCGCGACCGCCUGGGACGCUCUUGAAGCGCAAGUCAAUGACAAGGUGUUCGAGCUCGUCGGGGUCGAGGAGAAGCUGGUUAAAGCGAGGGAAGAUAAAGCGAAGGCAGAUAACAAGUACUUCGCCGUCUCGCGCGACAAGUCUGCUCUGGACGAGGAGAAGAGGGCCUUGCAGCGCAAGAUCGACAAGGCUGAAGUGUUGAUCUCGAAGUUGACACAGGAUAAGGCUCUGCAAUCCGAGGCCAACAACUCUGCGCAUCACCAGAUCAGCCUGUUUCGAAAGCAGCUCGAGGCCGAUGGUCGCAAGCUCGACGAACUGACAAAGAGCAUCGGCAAACUCGAGGCGGAUCUAGCCGUCGAGAGGAGCAAGGUUGUACAUACCGAAGACUCCUGGCGGCAAAGAGAAUCAGCGCUGGUCGACGCGCAGACCAAGGCUGCCAAACAGGCUGUGUCCUUGGCCAAGGCAGAGGAUAAGGUCAAAGCGAAGGAGAAGGCGCUGGAGGAGAGCGUAAAGGCGCGGGAGAAGAAGGUUCAGAACAACGGAAACGAACUCCCCGCCGAGCUGGACAUGCAAAUGAAGAUGCUGAAGUGCUCGACGUGCAAACUCAACUUUAGAUCAGUCAUCCUGACGAAGUGCAUGCAUACAUUCUGCAAGGACUGCAUAGACGCGAGGUUGACGACACGGCAGCGCCGGUGUCCAUCCUGUGACCUUACGUUCACCAGCAGUGAAGUGCACAAGUUCUACUUGCAGUAACCUCGCCUUCGCAUCAUUCCCGAACUACUCUUCUCCUCGCUAUGACGACUCGUCUCGCAGCACAGUCGCCGUUCUUCGGACUGAGAAAGACACGGACGCCUCGGCCCACGGCGACGUUGUGAUGGUGUCGUCGUCCUUCCGCUCGCUGCCCUCGCGCUAAUCUUAUUGCUUAUGCCAUGUUAUACCCUUGGCUGUAUCAUAGACUUACCGUAUGCACAUGGAAUGAUUUAGUAUGCAGUGUCUGUGCCCUUGUCAGGAAAGGAUCGAUCAAGUCAAUAACAGGGGUGCCAACGAAU